CCAGAAUUCUAUGAUAAUGCCGGAGCGCCACAGAAGCGAUCGAUAUCGGACAGUAGUUUUCCGGACACGAGGGGUCACCCUUUUUCGGUAAUAAGAUGGAACGGGAAGUUGAAAGUUCAAGUGGCAGCUCCCCGCAGGCGUUUACCAGGUCAAAUAGGCCGGCUAAUAAAGGAUACGUCUCCACAACCCGAUCGGGAAUCCAUCCGGUUCAGGCAAAGUUUUAGCGCUGGGAAGGCAUGACAGCACUUCCUCAGGUGUGAUGAGGGAUAGAAUGUCAUAUAGUGUAGACACGUGCAGGCGGGUCCUGGAUCCGGUUAACGUGGGCUGUGCCCUCGAUAAUCGGAAUCCAGUAAGAACACAUUGCGUCGAACGGCGGCCUUACGACCUUCAAAUCGACCCCUGAGAGUACACGGUCUACGACAGUCUUUCUCCUUGAUCUCCAUUCAUAUACAUUCCUCCUAUACUCUGCGGCUUUCAACACUUUUUUCUUGGUUUUUCUAUUACCCUUAUUCUUAUGAGUAAUUUUAGCACCGGGCCGGUGCCUCGCACCUUUCUCGUGGUUCGGUGGUAUCAUGUAACCCGAACCACUCGUGGACAAACCUACAACUGCCGCUUCAGUGUGCGCGCGUGUCGUAAUUAGUGGAGCGACCGCGACUUCCAGGGAUAAGGAUUAAAAGAAAUAAAUUAGUUAAGGAUUAGUCAGUAAGGCACCCGUCGAGGGGAACGCGGACAAGAUGUCCGGCUGUUCGUCCGAUUCGGAUUCCGUGGGCGCCGUUCAGAGGAAUGAACGGCUCCUGCGGACAAACAAGAGAAUGUCGCGGAAGAGAGCGUUGGUCUCUUCGGAUGACGACGACGCUCCGCGGACCAAGAGGGUAGCGAGCCCGGUACCGGAGGGAGUGUCAGCAAUCGCCGGUGAUCGGGAGAAAUGGUUAGGUCUGGGUCGUGACAUCAGGAAGAGGAAAUUGGAGAGGAUGUUUGAGGACUUGUUGCACGGUCUGUGCAUCAUGAAAAAGUUGAGUUCCAGCCCGAGACAGGAGUUUGUGGAUAUUUUGGACAGGUAUGUGGAAUUGAUGGACGAAGUUUUGAGGGAGAACGCCGGUUUGGAGGGAAGCUUGAGCGAGGCGAGGAGGGCAGGGCUGAGCUAG